AUGGGAAUUAUAUCCAGAAUUCUCCGUAGAAGACGCAAGACAUGGUCUGCAGCGGUAUCCUCAACAACGUCAGAAGCAGACACCGCCACCACGACGACUUCGACCACAGCCCCGACGACUCCGACGACACUAACGACAACGACAACAGCCACAGAAGAGAGCAUCCGCGACGGCGCAGCCACACCAGACACGACGGCAUCUGUGUGUCGACAGUCUGCCGACUUCAUCGCGCUCCCGGGCCAGUACCAGCGCAAGUGGACGAAGCGCGGCUGCGUCUUCUACGUCAACCACGUCGACAAGACGACGUCGUGGCUGCACCCCGUCAAGCUCGGCGAGCUGCGCGAGGCCGGCGUCGUGGCACCCGAUGCUGCCAGCGGGCCCGAGCGGGAGGUGUUUGAGCUCAUGACCAACGGCGGCAUACAAGCCGGGGGCCCAUCCCUGUCGAGGGAUCGGGAUGAUUGGUAUGCGCGCGGAACGCUGCCGCCGUGGAUCUUGAGGGAGCACCGGGGGAUAGUAGGAGGCGGAGGAGGGGCCACUGGUGUUGCUGGCGGCGUGGAUGGGCCGUAUUACUGGGUCGACUACCGAGCUAACAAGGUGCUAAAUCGUGAUCCGAUCGAGGCUUAUCGGGAUGAGAGGAAGCUGGAGCAGGGCAGGCGGCAGGAGCUCGAGGCGGAUAUUCGCCGGCUGGGAAUGGGGAAUCCGAAGCUGGCGGCGGGUUUGAGGAAGCAGGGCUGGACUGGGCACGCCCAGGUUGCUAGUGAUCGAGAGAUUGCACACUGGCUGUGA